AUGUAUCUAGAAGACCGAACUAUACGUUUACAACUCUGGGAUACUGCAGGACAGGAGAGAUUUAGGAGCCUUAUUCCAAGCUACAUCAGGGACUCUUCCGUUGCGGUGGUUGUUUAUGAUGUAUCCAAUAGACAGUCCUUCCUGAACACCUCAAAGUGGAUCGAUGAAGUCCGCACCGAGAGAGGUGGCGAUGUGAUAAUCAUGCUCGUUGGGAACAAAACUGAUCUUGUUGACAAGAGACAAGUGUCCACAGAAGAAGGAGAGAGCAAGGCGAAAGAAUUGAACGUCAUGUUCAUCGAAACCAGCGCGAAAGCCGGCUUCAACAUCAAGCCGCUGUUCCGCAAGAUCGCCGCGGCCCUGCCGGGAAUGGAGACGAUGUCGGCGAAGCAGGAGGACAUGGUGGACGUGAACCUGAAGCCGACUUCAAGCCAGGCGGCUCGCCGUCUCGACUCUGUCCCCUUCUCCUCCGGCAGCGGAAGCGUCGUCCUGCUCUCGCGCCGGAGCCGCGACUAUGCCGGCGUUGGUUCCUUGGUCUCCACCGCCGCGUCUUCUGGGGAUACGGCGGAUGCCGGAUCCGAAUCCAUCCUGCUCAGUGUCCAGGGGAUGAUGUGCGACGGGUGCGCUGCGAGCGUGAAGCGGAUCCUGGAGAGCCAACCCGAGGUUACUUCUGCUACCGUUGAUUUUAAGAAAGCAAGUGCAGUCGUGUGGACAACAGAUGAGGCCAAGGGGACACAAGACUGGCAGAAGCAGUAUGGAGAGAAGCUUGCUAAACACCUUGGCACUUGUGGAUUUGAGUCUCGCCUACAAGGCACGACUGCUGAUGACCUCUUCCCGCUCUUCGACAAGUACGGCGAGAUUGUCGACAUCUACAUCCCAAGGGACCGCAGGACUGGUGACUCGCGCGGAUUCGCGUUCGUGAGAUACAAGUACGAGGAUGAGGCACAGAAGGCAGUUGAUAGGCUCGAUGGGAGAUUGGUAGACGGGAGGGAGAUCAUGGUGCAGUUUGCCAAGUACGGCCCAAAUGCUGAACGGAUAAAUAAAGGGAGAAUAGUGGAGCCAGUUCCAAGGCCAAGGGUCCGUUCCAGAAGCCGCAGUCCAAGACGGAGGUACCGUGAUGAUUAUCGAGAUGACUACCAGGAUAGAGAUUAUAGAAGGCGAAGCCAUAGCCGGAGUAGAGAUAGAUACACCCGUGACAGGUACAGAGAUAGGGAUUACCGCCGUCAUAGCCCGAGUCGCAGCUACAGUCCUGAUGAUUACAAGAAGCGUGGGAGAGACAGUUUGUCUCCUGCACGAAGAAGCCCUAGUCGUAGCCGCAGUUGCAGCUACAGUCCUGAUGAUUACAAGAGGCGUGGCAGAGACAGCAAUAGCAGGCGUGGGAGAGGUUUCGGCAACAGAAUGCCUGACUGGUUGAUUGACCUUCUGGAUCUGAAUGCUGAUGAUUUGCUGCAAAGACUUCGUCCCAUGUCAUUUGGGGAGUCCGUUGACCGAUCAAGUUGUGUAACUACCGAUGAUUUUGUAACACUAACUUUGAUCUGCUUGUGUGUGAAAAGGGGGAUACCUUCAGCAGCUCAGCAUUUGGUGGUGCUGUGCUCUGCUCUUUUCAGUACUGAGAGAAUAGCCUUGAUUUUCACCGGUCUCUUCAGGAACUGCACGUCUUCAUCUGGAACUAUACCUGUUUACUUUGAUGUACCGCGCCAGUCUGAGCUGUGCAGCGCUGAGUAG